UAUAUGGUUUCCCACUACUGUCAACAGCUCCAAAACAUCUUUUCAUGCCUUUCCUCUCUUCAUCGUUCAAUAAGCUUUCUCUCUCCACAGGCUUCCUGGGGAGCUUUUCUCUCAUUAGUCUCUCUUGCUUUGCCAUGUCAAAUUCUGGGUAUACAAUUUGACAGGGUAAAGCAAGAGAGACUAAUGAGAGAAAAGCCCUCAAGAGACCUAUAGAUAGUGAAAGCUUAUUGAAUGAUGAAGAGAGAGAGGCGUGUAAAGAUGUUUUAACGUUAUUGACAGUGUGGAAAAUGUUCUGCAAUUCGAAAAAAAUAAGAGUUUGAAAUCUGAUAUGGCUGAACCUGAUUUGCCUCAAGAAUUCAGGCAGCGAAUAAUGGAGUUGGAAGGCAUUGAUAUAGUGUUGGUACUUCAAAAGGAGCUCUUCAAGGCUGACGUAAGCAAGGAUCAAACUCGUUUCUCAAUUUCAAAGAACCAAGUCAAGAAUAUGUUUCUCAUAACAGAUCAAGAGAUGAGAAUACAUAAACAUGAUGCCAAGAAAUGGAUGACUAUAGAAGUACUACUGAUCGAACCAGAUCUUCAAGAGAGUAGGCUGAAUCUCAAAAUAUGGGAUAUGAAGAAGGUAUCAGGAAGCAGCAACUCACCUUAUGUCCUAGUAGGCGGCUGGUAUCCAAUUGCAAAGAGAAAUGACUUGAAGGUAAAUGAUCUUGUUCAAUUAUGGGCAUUUUGAAGAGGCUCAGAACUCUGUUUUGCUCUUGUGGUUGUGCAAAGAGCACAAGUUGAAGAUGGAAACAACAGCAGCAAUGCAGAUGGUGCAAGCACAAGUUAGAAGACCACUAGAAUUAUCUGAAUGAUUUUCAGUGUGUAGUUUCAUUAGAAUUAUCCGUUUGAAUGUAAAUUAAUAUAAUCUGAGUUAACCGAGUCAAAGAGAGGCCUUGAAAAUUAUUUCUUGUCUCUGUAUUAUGAGGCGUGCAUUUAGAUGACUGACAUAUCAUGCAGUUUUUUAUUUGAGAUUAAUAUAUAAGAGGAUUGCAGUUACUCAAA